AUGGCCAAGUGUCUGGCACUCUCACUGAUCAUAUCAGGCCUUUUCAUUGGCUUGGUAAGUCCAGAAUGGAACUUACUGAAUCCAAGAUGGGGAAAAAGGGUUGAGGAAGUGAGUCCAGAAUGGAACAUAUUGAACCAAAGAUUGGAGGAGAAUGUGGUUGGAGACAACUUGAAGAGCUACUGUGAAAGUUGGAGGAUAAAUGUUGAACUAAACAACAUUAGGGGGUUCAGUGUUGUGCCUCAAGAAUGUGUGGAGCACGUGAAGAAGUACAUGACUUCUUCUCAGUACAAAGCUGACUCUGUGAGGGCGGUGGAGGAGAUUAGGCUCUACCUCAGUGGGUGCUGCACUUUGAAAGGUGAUGGCAAAUAUUCCUGGAUUUUUGAUAUUGAUGAGACCCUUUUGUCCACAAUUCCUUAUUAUAAGAAGCAUGGUUUUGGGGGAGAAAAGUUGAAUGCAACAUCUUUAGAAGCAUGGAUGAAGGAAAGCAAGGCACCAGCUCUUGAUCACACACUGGAGCUCUUCCAUGAAAUAAAGAACAAAGGGUUCAAAAUCUUCCUGGUUUCUUCAAGAAAGGAAAUACUUAGAUCUGCCACAGUAGACAACCUAGUCAAUGUUGGGUACCAUGGUUGGACCAGUCUUAAAUUGAGGGGUUUUGAUGAUGAAUUGGUUGAAGUAAAAAAAUACCAUUCAAAGGUGAGACAAGAAUUGGUUGAUGAAGGUCAUCGCAUUUGGGGCAUCGUGGGAGAUCAAUGGAGCACUUUUGAUGGACUUCCAAUGCCAAACAGAACUUUCAAACUACCCAAUUCCAUUUACUACAAACCAUAA